AUGCGGUUUGGACUGAGGAUCAAGAACUCUGGACAGGGGAUGGAUCACUUUGGACAGAAGACAGAGGAUGAAGCAGUUUGUGUAGAGCACAAAACCAGGGAUGAAGCAGUUUGGAGAGAAGACAAAGCACUUUGGAUAGAGGACAAACCAAUUUACAAAGACAAAACAGUUUGGACACAGGAAAAAGCAGCUUGGCCAGAUGAAGACACAGUUUGGAGAGAAGACGAAGUACUUUGGAUAGAGGACGAAGCAAUUUUGGCAAAGGACAAAAACACAGUUUGGACAGAAGACAAAGCAGUUUGGACAGAAGACAAAGCAAUUUGGACAGAAGACGUUUGUCCUCCGUGUGGAUAGAGGACAAACACAUUUUGGACACAUGUUACGACCAGUGG